AUGCACCAUCUCCGUCGCGCUGUUCCCCCAUCUGCCGCCCGUCUCGCAGCCUCGCGACAAACAGCAGCACAUCAUGUCACGCCAUUAGCCGCUGCCCAACGCGCGCAGUUCAGCGCCAGCGCGAGAAGGGGGAACGAGCUCCCCAAGAGCCCGUUCCAGACUUUUGUCGAGGUUCUGAGGGAGGAGCUCAAGAAGAACAGGGAGCUGCAGGAGAAUGUGAAGCAGUUGCAGGGCGAUGUGGAUAAGUUCCAGGACUCGGAGGCCAUGAAGAAGGCCAGGGACGCGUACGAGCGGGCUCGCUUAUCGACAAGUAUCAAGGAGAACCCGAGGUUACGCGCCGCGGCUGAACAGCUCAAGGCGAGCGGCGUCAAGGUCAGCGAGGCCGUGGGAGAGGCACUCAAGACCAUGGAGGAGAGCGAUGUCGCACGAGCAAUAUCGCGUGCAUCUGCCGCACUGGGCAAGACCAUCUCUUCUACGACCGAGCCCAUACGAAACACCGCCGCCUACAAAACCUUCGCCGAAACGCUAGUCGACGCGCUCGACGACUCUGGUACAGCCAAGCACGCCGGGUUCGAAGAGAAGGAGGCACGGCGACAACGACGCGCAAAGCGACUGGCAAAAGCGGGCAUGGAGGGACGCUUAAAGCCGCGCACGCAGGCUAACCCCGACGCGGGUGGCGCCGUCGUAUUACACGCCCAGCAACCACGCGAGGAGAAAUGGGAAAAGCUCAAAGCGACAAACCCGCUCUUCCGCAAACUCGGCGAGCUCCAAGAAGCGUACCAAGAAAGCGAGAACCCGCUAGUCGCCGGUCUUCGCGGCGUGACGAGCACCGUUGCAGGCUGGUUCGACGAGAACGAGACGGCACAGGUCAUGCGCAUGAUGAAGGCGCACGACCCCUCGUUCACGAUGGAGAGCUUCGAGCGCGAGCUGCGGGAGUACAUCGUGCCGGAAGUCGUCGACGCGUAUCUGAGCGCGGAUCAGGAGAGCUUGCGCGCGUGGUGUGGCGAGGCGACGUACAACGUCUUGUGGGCGACGAUGGAGCAGUACCUCCGCCAGGGCCUUGUUAGCGAUAGCAAGGUCCUGGAUAUCCGCCAGGUCGACGUUAGCGCUGGCAAGGUGCUCGAGAACGAGAUCCCGGUCUUUGUUGUGUCGUUCACGACGCAGGAGGUCCUGCUCUUCCGGAACGUCGCAAGUGGCGAGGUCGUUGUCGGCGCGGAGGACCGCGUUGAGCAGUGCAUGUAUGCUGCCGUUAUCACGCGCGUACCCGAAGAGCUCGACAAUGAGCUCACGGGCGGCUGGAAAGUCAUCGAGAUGGCUCGUCGUUCCGGACGCGCAUACUUGUAA